UGUACUGAAAUUAACUCAGUAAGAUGGUGUUUUCCGACGAAUCUGACGUUUUUAGUGGCAUUCCAAAUAUUCCGGAGUUCUACAAAGGGAAGACAAUUCUAGUGACAGGAGGAACAGGUUUCUUGGGAAAGUUAUUAAUAGAGAAGCUGCUUUACUCGUGCCCGGACUUAAAACAGAUUUACGUUUUCAUCAGAGACAAGAAAAAUGUUCUACCAGAAAAAAGAUUAGCAGCAAUGUACAAUAAUUCGUGUUUCGAGCGACUUCGAAAGGAACGAGAUGGUCUGUUUCAGGCUAAAGUGAAGGCUAUAUCCGGAAAUAUGUUGGACUCAAAUUUAGGUUUAUCGGAGGAAGACCGUGUGCUGGUUACAACGACAACCGACAUUGUGAUACACAGCGCAGCUAGUGUCAGAUUUGAUGACCACUUAAGAGAUGCGUUUAAUAUUAAUGUGAGGGCAACUUUACUACUGAUGGAAUUAGCGAUGCAAAUGUGUAAUUUAAAGUGCUACGUUCACAUAUCGACGUCCUUCUGCAACAUAAAGCUUGGUGAAGCCAUAGAGGAGAAGAUUUACCCGCCGCUGGCUGACUGGAGGACCAUCAGAGAGAUUUGUGAUAAUGGAGACUUUCAUACUAUUAACACUUUAACUCCAAAACUACUGGGCGAGUACCCCAACACGUACGUGUUCACGAAGCACUUGGCGGAGCAGGCGGUCAACGAGCACAGGGGCGAGCUGCCCAUCAUCGUAGUCAGGCCGUCCCACCCGGCGGAGCAGGCGGUCAGCGAGCACAAGGGCGAGCUGCCCAUCAUCGUAGUCAGGCCGUCCGUAGGUAAGAUAUUGUACCUUACAGGCUACAGAGGGAGUACCUACCCCAACACGUACGUGUUCACGAAGCACCCGGCGGAACAGGCGGUCAGCGAGCACAAGGGCGAGCUGCCCAUCAUCGUAGUCAGGCCGUCCGUAGUGACGGGUUGUCUCGAGGAGCCUGCCCCAGGUUGGGUGGACAACUUCAAUGGUCCUGUGGGUAUCGCUGUAGCCAGUGGACAAGGCAUCCUUCGCGCAGUAUAUGGAGAUAAACACGCCAGCCAAGAUUAUAUUCCGUGCGACGCAGUCACAAAGGGCAUUCUCAUAGCUUCUUGGAUUAGAGGAACCAAAAAGUGA